AUGAGUGCUAGACAACCUCUUUUAAAAGCAUCUAGUAAAUUAUCUAUUAGUGAUGAUGGCAAUGAUGAUAAUAAUGGGAACAAGAAACAACUUUUAAUCAAUCGUUUUUUGGAUUGGCAACGAUGUUUUCGUAGAAAAAAGAACAAUAAUAAAUAUAUAAAAUUAUAUGAUGAUGUUAGACAAAGUGACAAAGAUAAACCAGUUGGUGUUCUUCGAUUAGGAAAUGACACAAGUAUCAAUGAAAUAGAUGUAUGGAAGAAGGAAACAGAAUCGAUUUAUGAUAUCGAUGGUGAUAUUGAAUUUGACAAUGUCAACUUUAUUUAUCCAUCUCGUGAAGCUACACCAGUUCUGCGUAAUCUCUCUUUUAUUGCUCGUGCUGGUCAGACAACUGCUCUUGUAGGUUCAAGUGGCUGUGGAAAAAGUACUUGUAUAUCACUUUUUCUUCGUUAUUAUGAACCUUCAUCGGGUCACAUAUCGAUUGAUGGUCGGCCGAUAACAGACUACAAUGUUAAACAACUUCGACAAAACAUUGGAGUCGUUAGUCAAGAACCUAUUCUGUUUGGUAUGAGUAUUUAUGAAAAUAUUCGUUUUGGUAAAGUAAAUGCAACACAAGCAGAAAUUGAACAAGCAGCACGAGAAGCAAAUGCACAUCAUUUCAUCAUGCAGUUACCAGAUAAAUAUGAAACACUUGUUGGUGAACGUGGUAUAAAGUUGAGUGGUGGUGAAAAACAACGUAUUGCAUUAGCUCGUGCUCUUGUCAAACAGCCUACCUUUCUUUUACUGGAUGAAGCAACAAGUGCACUUGAUAAUGCAAGCGAAAAAAUUGUUCAAGAAGCGCUCGAUCGAGCAUGCAAAGGUCGUACAACUAUUGUAAUUGCUCAUCGUUUGACUACAAUUCAAAAUGCUCAUCAAAUAUAUGUAUUAGAUAAUGGAAGUGUGAUUGAGCAAGGUACACAUGAAACAUUAAUGGAGAAAGAAGGAGGUAAAUAUCAAUCAAUGCUUAAACGUCAACAAAUGGAAAGAAUCGACGAUGAUAAACAUGAUAUGAUGAGCAUACAAAAAGCAAUAGAAGAAGAAAAAAAGUCGAUAAUUGAGCGCACGUGUUUACUUAGCAAUAGUCAAAUUGUUGAUGUGAACAAACAAAAUCCAAAACCAUUCAAACAAAGAUUUGUCUUUUUAAGACUCUUGUCAAUGAAUAGUCCUGAAUGGAUCACCAUCUUAUUUGGUUGUAUAGCAUGUGUACUUAGUGGAGCGGCUCAACCAAUGUUUGUAUUUUUACUGGUCAAAGUAGUCGAUUAUACAGCUUUUGCCAUAUCAGGAUCGAAAUUGACCGAACGUAUUCGUUCGAAAACUUUUGCAUGUCUUCUUCGUCAAGAAGUAGCCUAUUUCGAUCGAUCCGAAAACAGUUCUGGUGCGAUUUGUACUCGUCUUUCUUCUGAUGCAGCAGCCGUUCAAGAGAUGACUGGUACACGAUUAGGAGUCAUCUGUGAAGCCUUCACACUGAUGUUUUUUGGAAUUUUACUCGGAUGCCUCAUAAGUUGGCAAUUAACAUUGAUUCUUUUUGGUCCUCUUUUUAUCCUAUCCAUACUUAUUUAUGGGGAUGUGUGGGUAGGUCUAUGGGUAACUCAACAAUCCAAUCAAAUUAUCGGACGAGCAAGCAUGGUAAAAUAAGGUUUUAGCUAAUAAUCUUUCUAUGUAGGGAAAACUAAAAUGCUGUGAAAUUAUUUCAUAAAUCGAAUAUGCUCUAUUAAUUCUAUCCUUUACUUUUGCAGCUUGCUGCUGAAGUUAUUCACAAUAUGCGUACAAUAAAACAGCUAUCGGUAGAAAAUGAAGUUUUACGACAAUAUUCUGAGCUUAUCCAUCAAGUAUUUAUGUUAGUCGCUUGAAUAUUAUACAUGUAUAAAUUUCUAAUCAAUCUUGUUUCAUCAUAGGUUGUCUUGGAAACCUUU